AUGUCGAACUGGUUUGGCAACCUUCAAUUGGCGUACAAGUACAUUGUCGUCUUCUUGGGUCUGCUCGUCUUGACAAUCCUCGCUGGAUGCAUCAAGGUUUUCUUCGACCGCAGGAAGUUGAAGCAGCACAUCAAGAAUGAUGCGGAGUCAGCCGCGGUCAAGGACGACACCGUAGAGCUCACCCAGCGCGAGAAGGAUGAGGGCGACCUGUUCGGUAUCCGCGCCAUCGAGGCCGGUUUCUACGCUGGUGUCGCACAGUCGCGCCCAACUUCAAGAGCAGGAUCCAUCGUCGGCCACCCCAACAUGAGCUCGUCAACACUCGUCGCCAACCCCAACUCGCCUCUGCUGAAGCCGAACUCGCAUGGAGGAAGCAUGGUUAGCUUGCCGUUGGCUGGGAAGAACAGCAAUCGCGACUCGGAAACUCUCCCAGACCGUAGGCCAUCCCCUCCUACCAUGAAACUGCGACCGAGCGAGGCUGAACUGAACGGAAGGCAUAACCCUUACGACCCCGCAGUAGACAUGUCUCUGAACGUGCCUCCAUCUCCUGGUUUCCGUACUCAACCCACUACGUUCGGCGGGUCCGACAGCGACAGCGACGGCCUUGUGUCUCCUCGAUCCAUGUCGCCUCGAUCGGCCGACUUCAACCUGCAAUCAUACAAGCCAGCGCCAUCAAUUCCUAUGCCGGAUGCCCUCCGCGUCUCGUACCACUUUGGCGAAGAUAUGCAGAAGUCACAAGCAGCAUCCUUUACUGACCCUUCUCCUCGCCCAUCUCCUGGUCAGUCACCCACACCGCCAUCGCCCGGACACGCACCUACAAUGCGCCUCCCUACAUUGCCAGCGUCGGCCAUGAGAAACACCCCGUCACCACCCGCCAUUCGUGUGGAACAGCCGGGUAGGUAG